AUGUGGAAAAUUGUCAGCCUCCCCCUGCUGCUAUCGACCUCCCUCCUGUGCAGCACCGCCGCCCCCGACUCUUCGAGCUACCUCGAAAAUGACGUGAUCGCGCCCCAGCACAAGCUCAUCAACGAGAUGAACCAGAACUUCUCCGAGCUGGAAAAAGCCAGCGAAAAGCUGAUCGAUCUGGGCUCGUACGUUGGCCCGCACAAGGUCCCGCCGAAAAUGGUCAAGAUCACCAACACCGUCGCCGUGAAGAUCCCGGUGCCAUAUCCGGUCAAGGUGCCCCAUCCGGUUCCGGUUCCGGUACCCGUUGACCGCGUGGUUCCGCUGACGGUGCCCAAGCUGGUGCGCAUUCCGGAACCGACUUCGGCCGUACCAACGGUGACCUCUCCGGUGAACUACGUGACUUCGCCGCACCCACACGAGCAGGACGUGGCCCACUCGAAUACGAACACCCAAGUUGAGGAGUUCAUGCACUCGUAUCCGAUUCACUCGGUGUUUGAUGUGGGCAUGAACUACAAUCCGGUGAUUGGGAAUCGACUGGCGCUGAACAAGCCAACGGGGGCUGCCUCCGAGCAUCGACCGAGACAUUUGGGUCCGGAACUUGACAAGCUGAACGAGUACAGUGCGGCGAGCACGCGGUAUUCGAGCAAGCAGAACUACGAGGGUGGAUUUAGGUCGACGGCUAGUCCGGAUGAGUCGGGAUAUCACAAGUACUACUCGACUGCUCAACCGGAGUCAGCACCUUCCGCAAAUUACGAGUACAAGUUCUCUAGUCCCCACCCCGAAGUUAUUCCUCACUCUUACAGAGAGCCCAAGUCUGUGUAUUAUACAAAGGACGACAAAUAUCCGACACCCAAGUUUCCUAGACCUACGCACUCUGCUUAUCCUACCACUCCUAAUUUCCAAACCAAAGACCCGUCGUACGGUCAGGAGAAUGACUUCCAUCAGUACAGCUUUAAGACCGCACCAACUCCUCCUAGCUUCCGCCAUACCUCAAUCAAAGAAUCCUAUCCGCACUACGAAGAGCCUGAUUUCAAGCAGUACCACUACCAGAAACCCUCCGUUGAGAGCGAAAGCUACGUAGAACAUCAGCCAAAGCACUCCAAGUACAUUGAGCACUACGAGAAACCAUCGGGAAGUGACAACGGUUACGUAGAACAUAGAGAAGCUGGUGAGUCCUCCGCGGUGUACAAGCAGUACGAACAGCAAAUUGAAUCUAGUUUCGAGGAUCACCGGGAUCAGUACGGCAAGCCCAGUGCCAACCCCGAGAUCUACUCGCAAUACGAAGCAAAAGAACCCCAACAGCAAGAGUACAAAUCGUACUACGCUAGGCCUACUCCAGUUUCGGAAGCACUGGCCUACUUAGACAAGCAACCCUCGCACGGUUCCGAGCAGAAAGUGUACUUCCACAAACCCAUGAACUACCAAGUGAAGGCGCACAAACCACCCCACAAGUCCCACCACUCAUCGGAGUCCACCGACCUAACCUACAACUUCCCCAGCGAUUCGCACCUUCAUCCGACCUACUCGGAGAUCGAUUCCUCCAAGCACAAGCACCAUCCCUACUACAGUUCGACCGCGGAACAUCCCUCCUUUGACGAGGAAUCCUCGGGAGCGCCCAAGUAUUACCACCAUCCCAGCCCUCACCUUCCCCUCCCCUCCUCCAACCAUCACGUAAUCUCGUACAACCACCCCUCCGGCCCCGAGCAGUACCAGCGACGUCAGUACUACUUCCGGCACGAAGCCUCCGACGAGGCCGGUUCUGCCGAGGCCAGUUCCGACAUGAUGCAGUCCGCCUCAAAGUCCCACGCGGCGUACGAGCGGGCGGUCGAACUCAAGCACCGCGCUGCCAACCCCAAAGAGUACUCCAUGUACAGUGUUGAGCACUUGCACCACCAUCACGGUGACGUGAACGACUCCAACGAGUACGACGGAAGAGAUUACCAGUAGGCCACCACCUGACGUGCAGUGGAACCGUCUUCCGCGAUCGACCACUGCCUUAAAUUUGCGCUACCUGAUGCUUACCCCCUCUUUGAAGAGACUGUCCGUGUUUGUUAAGUUGCCUAUUUAUUAGCUCAUUUUUUACCUUCUCUUAUCAUGUAGCAUGUAGCAUAACCCACCC